AGGAGGAGGAGGAGGAGGAGGACUUCGCUCGGAGGAAAGUGCGUCCACUCCGCUCCGCUCCGCUCCCCGUGAACCGCCGACAUGGAGCUCCGCGGUAGCGAGCGACGCGGCGGCGCUGCCGUCCAGCACCGCGUCUGAAACCUGGACACCGAGCGAGCGAGCGGCCGCCUGAGCCCGGAUAAUGUUCUCAACAAUGACUGCUCCCCAGCACUGAGGACCUUGACUGCCCCUCAUACCUCCCCCUCUUCCUCCUUCCCUGGUCCUUGACACCUUCCUUCUCGCAGCUGUUUCCCAUCUAUUGUUGAAGCCCCGUCCACCUCAUUAUCUCAAACAUGGACUCCUCUGGAGAUGCUACCUCUGGCCAGGAGGGACACGUGGAGCCCCGGAGCAGCCCGGGUCGCUCUGACCUCACUGGACUGUACCACCUGGGUCGGACGCUCGGCCGGGGCCACUAUGCCGUGGUCAAACUGGCCCGUCAGGUCAGCACUGGGCAGCUGGUGGCGGUCAAGAUGAUUGACAAGACCAAGCUUGACAUAAUGGCAACUAGCCACUUGUUGCAAGAAGUAAGGUGCAUGAGGCUGGUGCAACACCCCAACGUGGUCCGCCUGUACGAAGUCAUCGACACGCCCACCACCCUCUACCUUGUCAUGGAGCUGGCCGAAGGAGGCGACCUCUACGACUACAUCCUCCGCCACGAGGGCGGCGUGGCUGAGGGGACCGCCAAGCGCCACUUCACCCAGAUCGUGCGCGCCGUGGCGUACUGCCACCGGCUCCACGUGGUGCACCGGGACCUGAAGCCCGAAAACGUGGUGUUCUUCCCACAGCAGGGAGCAGUGAAGCUGACGGACUUCGGGUUCAGCAACUUGUUCCAGCCCGGGACGAUGCUGGCCACCAGCUGUGGGUCGCUGGCUUAUUCCGCCCCGGAGAUUCUGCUGGGCGAGGAGUACGACGCUCCGGCUGUGGAUAUCUGGUCUCUCGGGGUGAUCCUGUACAUGCUGGUGUGCGGCGUCCCUCCCUUCCAGGAAACCAAUGACAGUGAGACUCUGGUCAUGAUCCUGGACUGUCGGUACUCCGUCCCCGAACACGUUUCUGACGGCUGCAGAGAUCUGAUCUCCAGGAUGCUUCAGAAGGAUCCGUCUCGCCGAGCCUCACUGGACGAGAUCGAGGCUCACGAGUGGCUGCAGGGCCUGGACAGCGCCCUCCUCAGCCCGGAGGCCCCGCCCCACUGGCUCUCGGGGGCCCUUUCUCCCAGUUCCCCCCGCUCGGGGGCUCCGGAGUGUGGAGACCUGCUGGCUGUGAGACCCCAGCAGGCUCCUCCUGCACCGUGGCAGCCCGGCCCCACCAUCACCCUCCGUCCACCUCCAGCUGAAGAGCCUCCUGCAGCCAAGAACCUCCCGGCACUGCAGCAGAUCUGUGAGGAGGAAGAGGAGGAGGAGGAGGAGGAGGAGGAGGAGGAAGGAGCUGACAAUCAGGAGUGCAGGAAAGAAGAGGAGGUGGAGAAAGAGUCAGGCUCAGUGGAGAUGAUGGAGGAGGAGGGAAGCUUGAUGGAAGAAGGCGACAAUCAGAGCAGGGAGGAGGAGAGAGAGGAGGAGUGUGGAGGUGCAGUGGAGGAGAUGGAGGAAGAGGAGGAACAUUUACCUCCAUUGAACGAAGAGCCUGAGGAGAUGACAGGAGACACCGGCUGUGUGAUUUCAGAUCAGCCGCUCGGUCAUGGAGACGUGUCGGCCGGUGCCCCUCCUCCUGAGGACCCGCCCUCCUCCCUGCCCGGGUUCGGGGUCCCGUGCUGUCAGGGUCAGAUGGAGGUCGGCGCCGGACAGGAAGCCAACCAGGAGGAAGAGCCCAACAACAACACCAACAAGCCUCCUGCUGCUCCUCUCUCCGAGCCUCCGCCCUGCUCCGUCUCCGAGGAGCAGAGGACUGAAACCGACGAGGACGAGCGAGCGGAAAGCGGAAAAGACAAGGUGUCCACCGAGAGGUCGCAUCCCCACAAUGCACCGGGGGUCCGGGAGGAGCCGGCCCCGAGAGCCGAGCAGGGGAAGCGACACAGCAUCAAGCUGCGCGAGCGACUCUUUCAGUUCCCCCUGUGUGAGAAAGCUCUGGCCUUCAACAUCCCGGCUCACAACAAGCCCAAGAUCCUGCCGCUGGCCCAGUACAACUGCUGCCACGUGCUGUGAGCCGCAGGCGGGCGGGCGGGCGGGGGGACCCGGCACGCGGUCUGGGGAGUGGCGCCGCCUCCUCCCACCGAGGACUGAGAACUCCCACCUCCACAGAGACCGUUCUCCCACCUUAGAACCGACUGUACCUGCCCGCAGAGGAGCUGGAGACCGGAGGGAGGUUUAGGGACGGCAGCAGGUUUUAUGAAUAAGCUGGAGCCCGUUCCGUUUGUCUGAAGGUGCCUACUGCGAUGAACAUGAAGACUUACUGUAAAACUGUAAAAAGCUCUGAACGUCAGCACGAUCCAGCGUUCACUCCUGGAUCACAAUAAACUUUAAGCUACAGCUGUAAGCAAGGAUUCCUCCGCAAAAGCGUUCUUUAAAAGCCCAUUUUAGCCCAUAAGACAUCACUAAAAUAAAAAAAAAGAAAUAUUUUUACAUGACCAAACCACCAAAACCUUUAAUUUUGCUGUGUCAACAGAUACAGAAAGUCAUUACUUAUAAAAGGUGAAAUGUCAGUUUUAAGAGGUUUUAAAAGUUAAAAUGUAGAAUUUUAGCAUACAUUUAUUUUUUUCCACAGAAAAACUGAACACUUUUUCAGUUAUUAAAACACAAGUUAUUCAAACACUGGAGGAAAAAAAAGUGCAUUUUGAUGAUUUUAUGAGACCAAAAGCCAUACAUUUUAAGUUUUCUGUAAUUACAGUUCCUGUUUGUGAAAUCACAGUUAAAGUUGCUCAAAUCUGAAGAACGCAGGAUAUUUUUGAAAUAUCCUCUUUAUCCAAAGUAUGUGUUCAAUAUUGGCUAUAGAAAUAUGGAGAUUUAAAGUGAAGACUAUAUCAUCAAAUUGUGGAAAAAUCUGAAAUCUUAACUCUUGAAAUUUAAUAAUUUCAACUGAGACAAAGGUCAUUUAGAAGUUUUAAAGGAAAUCUGAAGGAAAUUAGGAACAAAUGAGGGAGAGAAUGUCAACUUUAAGGUCUUUCUGACAUUUGAAUCUGCAAACAGCAGCUUAAAAUACGUCAGUGACUUUUUAAAAAUUCAUCUAAUAGUCUAAUCAUCCAUUAGUUCAGAGUGAACAACGAUACUUUUUAUUUAUCAGUCAGCAUCAUCUUGAUUCUUGUAUGAUCUGAACUUUCUUUUCUUUUCAAAUGUUUCAAUUCUUUCUUUCAGAACACUGGAAAAAUGGUGCAAUUAACUAUUUGAUAUAAUUCUCAACAGGCUUUGUUUCCUUUUUCUUUUUCUUUAAAUGUAUUACUUUAAAUUAAAAAAGAUGUGAAUGUUUUAAAAACGAUAUUUUGGAAAAUAUGUUGUAUUCCUUUAAAAUAUCUCGAUUAUUAUAUCUUAUUUUUUUCAACUAAUUUAGAAAUGACCAACCUAAGAAACAGAAGAGGUGAGAUUGAUCAAGCAGGUUUCUUUCUUCUCAUGUUAAAGAAAAUAUCCAGAGUUAUUGAAAUCUUAUCUAUCUUUAAAAAAAAAUCUUCAUUUUAUUACAUAUAAGAAAGUGCAUGUAUACAUUUGGAAAAUGUAAAAUUUCAAUUUAGGGCUUUAGAGAUUUUUUUUGUAAAUUAUUUUUGAAACAAAGCAAUAGAAAAAAAAAACAUUUAACCUUUAAAUUUUUUAUUUAUUUGUUGUGAGUGUGUGACCAAAACCCCCACAUCGUCAUUUUGUUGCACUUAUUUAAAAUUAGAAAAAAAUAUUUGAAGUCAACAAAUUGUUGUAAUUGUUCUGAAAACUGAAUUAGUCUUAUUUUUUUAAUGUCUUUUUCUUAUGAUUAAAAUUCUUGUCCUGAAUUAUGAACAUAAAACGAUGAAAACAGGGUAAAGAUCUGUAUUUAUUCACAGAAUAUGGAUUUCUCUGUAAUGUAAGACUGACACAAGCAGAAAUGUUUAGUUGUCGUUUGAACUGAAUUCCUCUUAGAACAGCUGCUGCUCGUUUGUUUCCGGUGCCACCCGCGUUCAUCAUUUACUUCGUUUUCAAAGCGUCUCCUCGCUACGGAAAGUCGUCUCCUGUUGCUUUUGCACAGCCUGCUUGUCAUGUUGGUUUGAAAGCUCUUAGUAUAAAUCUAUAUAUUAGCUCUCGUAAAGACGGACUGAGACUGUUAUAUAUGACAUGCGCUGAUUCCACGCUGUAUAAAGUGUAUACGCCUAAGAAGACUGAGAUGAUUUAUUGUUGUCUUACUCCUGAAGUCUUAUAAUUAGAUUGUCCUGUAUUAACACACUGUAUGAAAACUUCUUCAUGGGCUCAUUGAUUGGGAUGCAGGUCUUCCAUGUUAUUUUUGUUUUGUUUUUUUUUUAAUUUUGGAUGUAUAGAUGAUAUGUAUGAAGAGUUCCUUAAUUUUAUUUUCUUUUGUUUUUCCAACAAAGCUAUUCUCUACAGAGAGGUGUGACUUUAUGCAUGUUAUUGCUGUUAUUUAUCACCAUAUACCUCCACGUGUCUUGGAUCUGAUGGGACGUUCAUUGUUCUGGUGCACCUGUAAAGUACCCUGAGGCAUCCCUUUGAUUGAUGAUUUGCGGGCAGUGCUAACUGCUGCAGCCUGUUAGCAUUGUCUCAGCUCCAUACAGGGACUGAUGAUGAGCUGCAGUGAUCUGGUAUUGUGUGCAGUUCCUCCAUAUUCAGUAUUUUCUUUUCUCUCUUUUACAGUUCUGAAAAAAAGUAAAGUUUUUUAGAAGGCAAAAGGAUGCACAACUAAUAAAUCUUCCUGGCACAGUGGUACCAGACACAAGAAGCUAUUUCUGUUCAUAUCUCAGAUGUUUUUGGAAGCUUCAGGUCAAUAAAGAAUAAGCUAAUAAUAAUAAUUUAAAGAAAAUCAGUCUUUAUGUGUUUUACCGUAGAAGUUAACAUGCUUAGCAGCAAGCUGCAGUCUUGUAAAUCCAACAUUCUGAAUAGAUACUGGACACAAAGAGGGACGUGAGUCAACUAGAGAAGACAUCAACUUGUCGAAAAACACUCUGAAAACAGCCGGAUUGUGGCAGGUUGUAUUCAGGUUCAACAUAUCCCCAAUCAUUUUAAAACGUUGACAUUUUUAAAGAAGUUAUCGUGUUGAGCUGCCUUAUCUUCUAAUAGACGGUAUCACAGCGCCUCUGGGUAAAUGACGUUAAAUUCAACAGUGUGGCUCGAGCUGUGACUCCAUGCUGAUUAUUAUCUACAUUUUUAAAAGUCAUGGAGCAACAGAUGAGAGAAUAACUCUCAGCAACAGCAGCAUCUGUGCUGGGCAGAUUUGCACCAAAUAAACAAUGUUUGAUCUGGAGUUUCUGCUUGAUGUUUAUUGCAGUGAAAGCAUAAGGAUUUAAAAAAAGAAAGUCAUGGUUUGUAUCUUGUCUCUGUAUGUUCCAAAAAAUGGUGCUCAAGCAUGUGUAGGCAAUGCUUUUUUUUAUUUUUAAUAAGACAACAAGUCAGAAAAUAGAGUAAUUUGAAAAGAUAGCUAAAAAUGAUACACUCAGUUUGAUCUUUCUUCAGUGCUUAUCAAUUCAUUAAACAUUAAGCUGGAGUAAUAAAGUUGAUUCGAACUAAAUACAUUUGUAAGCUUUUGGUGGGAAAACUAUUGCUGCAACACAAAUAUGUUUAGCUGAAAUAGUACAAAGGACCUUGUAGUCUUAAUACAAUAGUAGUAAUAUUAAAGUUUAUUAUUCUCUUUUUUUUAUUGUUUUUUUAUGUGAUUCAAAGACUCCUGUUGCCUUGAACUUGCAUCCAACAACAUAAAAAAAACAAAGCUUAAAUUACAAAGGGUUCAGAAAUCCGAUAUUUUUGGCCUUCGAAUGAAGUUUUUCCUGUUAAACCUGAGCAGUCUGCCACAUGAUGCCGCUUCCUGUCCUGCAGAAUAAAUCCUCCUCUCUUGAAUUAAUAUUUGUCCCCGUUUGGAGAAACCGGAGCUGUCCCCGGGUCUCGUGACCCGCGAUUGUUUGUUCCUUCGCCCCAUAUAGGGGAACGUCCGUCACGUGUAAUCUGAUUACAUUUCAUCAGCUCGCAGGAGCGUAAAAUCUGUGCGAGGGCGGGAUGAAAUGAUUUGCUGGCGGUGCGAUCUGCAGCCCGUCUGUCCUCACCGUCUACUGACCUGCAUUGUAACCAGGACCACCGCCCCCGGGAGCCAUCCACUUAUUUUUCUGUAUUUAUUUAUUAAAAAUGGAUUCAACAGAA